AUGACUGUCACAACAGAAGGUGUAGUCGAGCAAGACUCUCUUUCCCAAGCAUUAGUCCAUGUCACUCCUAAUGACCACCACAGCAGCAACAACAACAUCACCAAGCAAUACCCAAUGGUUCAACAAACCAUGAAGAAGAUUCCUGAACCUCUCACUAAUCCCAUUCCUCUCGUUCGCUUUCUUUUAAAAGACUUUUAUAUUUACCUUUUUCAAAUGUUUUUGCCCUCUGAUGAUCCCUUUCUUUUCGACAACUACAACAAUAACAUUGAACAGAACGAUCAAGCGAGCACAAACAAAUCACAACAUCGAGAUCGAAAGAAUCAUCAUGCUUUAUCAGAAGAUUGUAAGGCAUUUUCACCGCUCCUUAAAUGUGAAAUUGUCCUUCAAAGAACACUCAUGUUUGUUCAUUACUUUCAUUCAUCGCAUCUCAAUCGUUGGCUUCACUUUUUGACCAUUAUUCCCUUUUUUAGUGGACUGUUUUUAGUGUUGGGUGUUGUGAUGAAUGGGUUGUUUUAUGGAUUCAUGUGGUCAUUAGGUUCUGCAUGUUCAUUCAUACAACAGAAAGAAUGGAUUGAAUGGAUCGGAGAGACCAAUGUUCAAUUAUUAUCUGCUUCGAAAUGGCCACAAAUCGACUGGACACUCCCGUUGGUCAUCUUAUGGUCCCUAUUAUUUAUUGUCUUUGCAAUGGGCAUUGAUCGAUAUGCAUGGAUUGUUUUGGCAAGUUUUUGUAUGGCCAUUGUGACCAUUUGUUCUUUCUUUCUUCUUCUCUCCUCAAAUUCCAUUAUCUCCAUUCCAUCUUUUUCAGUUACAGACCUUUCUAAGAUGUCUUUCAUUUGGAAUUCUUGGUCGUCCGUUUCGUGGACUCAUUCAUUAAGGUUUGGAUUUUCUUUGUGGUUAUUUGGAUUUGUGAGUCAGGCCUUUGUGGCACAUGUGGUGGUGGAUGGACAACUUCCUGCCUUCUUGGUUCAGGAAGCAUUGUUGGUUACUCCGAUUUACAUGAUUAUGACCUGUGCUUUGAUGUAUAAUCCAUGCGUGGAAUAUUUACCUAAAUUAAGGAAAGAAAUUGAGAAACAUGCUACCAGGGAGAAUUUUCAGAAAUUUGGAAAAAUACAAAAGUAA